CUCUUAAUGAACGAGAAAGCGGAUUUUUCAUUGGUUUACUGGUUAUUGGGCAAAUAUGUUCGGAAUACUUCCAGAUUUAUCAACCAAUAUAUAAAUAAUAACGUCACAUCCGUUUAGUUAAUACCAUGUGGAAGUUUUACAAACAUCUCUGAAAUAUAUAUAUCUAUAACGAUGCCAGCCAAAAAGAAAAAGUUCAUUGAUAAGAAAAAUGCAGUGACUUUCCACCUAGUACACCGAAGUCAGAGAGAUCCACUGCAGGCUAAAGAGGAAUCAUCAAAACAUGUUCUACUUCCUGUAGAGAAGAAAAAGGAAUUAAGCAAAGAAGAGAAACUCGAAGAGCUGCAUAAAUACGGCAUUUUUUACGAUGAUGAAUAUGACUAUUUGCAACAUUUGAAAGAUUUGAAUGAAGUAUACGAGCUAGAAGAACAUGUGCCCAGGGAAGAGAAGAACACAAAGAUAAACCUCCCAUCCUCAGUGUUUGCAUCUGACCUUGAGAAAGGUGUAGGUCUUUUGAAUGAAGCAGUGCCCAUUAGAGGACCGAGGCCAGAUUGGGACCCAGAUAUAGUUGCAGCACUUGAUGAGGAUUUUGACUAUAAUGAUCCUCAAAAUCAACUUGAAGAUGACUUCAUAGUCAAGGCAAAUGCUGGGGAAGGUGUCAAAUGUGAUGAGGAUGAAGAAAUUGGAUCUGAUGUGGACUUUGAUUCUGAUGACUGUGAAAUGUCAGAUGAUGACUUCGGAAGUGAUGACAGAGGGAAACUAUUCAUGGAGGAAGAAACAAAGUCUCGCUUCACUAAUUAUUCCAUGUCUUCCUCAGUAAUCAAGAGAAAUGAAGGGUUAACUUUACUGGAUGAUAGAUUUGAAAAGUUAUAUGAACAAUAUGAGGACACAGAAAUUGGUGCCUUGGACAAUGAAGAUGUUGAUGGAUUUGUUGGACAAGGCAGUCAUAUGCUGGACACGAUAUUGGAAGAUUUUGAAAAACAGCAAGAAGAAAACCGUAGAAACUUGCAUUCUGUGAUGGAUGAUGAGCGACCUGAUGACCUUGGGAUAGAGGUCGUAAGUGGAGAUGAAUCUGACAAUGAGGCUGACCUUGUACAAAUGGUGAUAGAGAAACCCAAGGAAAAAUGGGACUGCGAAUCCAUUAUAAGUACCUAUUCAAAUUUAUACAACCAUCCUAAGUUAAUAGAGGAACCUCGAAAGGAUAAGAAAAUCAAUUUGACAUCUCGAUUGGGGAUCCCAGAGGGGGUGUUGGAACAGCCGGGUUUAACUCGUAAACAAAUUGAGAAGGAAAUAAGGGAGAAUAGGCUAGCUGACAAAGCAAGUACAUACCGACCCAAGAAUGAGACCACGGAGGAACGCAAACAGAGGAAGCAGGCAACUAAGCAUGAGAAAAAGGAAAGAAGGAUGGAGAAGAAAUCAAACAAGGAAGCAUUUAGUGCUGAGAAAGUACGUCAAACAAAAGAACAGAUGAACCUACAGAAAAACCUACAGGGUCUCAGGUUAUCAUGAUGCUGGGAUGGAAUUCGCCUUCAGCUCUCAAUGGCAGCCUUUGCUUUGGUGUUGUACACAAGCUGAUCAUUUUAUUCUUUCUGUAAUUAGGCCUGUAAGAAUAGGUGCAAUUUUUGAAGUUUUAAAAAAGAUUCACUGAAAAUCAAUUGUAAAGUGUGAUUUAAUCCCCCCUAACACACACAAAUAGCACUUUAAAUUUGCUUCCUAUGGGCCUUUGUUGUGUACAAUUCAUGAUGUUAGCUGGAAUAUGAUGUUUAGACCAUCAAAAUGUAUUCUGAGGAAUUUCAGUAUUUAUUGUAUGGUAAAUACCAUAAUACAUUGUACAUUGAACUCUAUGGAUGUGCCAGACUUCACAUCAGACUUUACAUGUGUUUUUAAAGCGAGAGAUAGUGUCAUCAAUUUUUACUGAUAAAAAAUUGAUGAGAGUGAUGAAUUUCAAAAACUCAUUUUGGUUUGUUUUUUAUGAUGAAUAAAUUGUUACAGAUUG